AUGAACACUUUUGGCUUGGUACAAAUUGGCCUCAUUCUGUUGUGCACCACCACCAUGUCAAGUCUUAACUGUAAUCACCUUCCUUUACAGCAAAGAAAAGUGAUUGAGAACAGCCUGCAACUUUUGGACAAAAUGGGCAAAAAGUUUCCUCAACAGUGUCUAAGAGAGAAAAUGUCCUUCAGAUUUCCUGAGCAGGUUUUAAAGCCCAAACAGAAAGAAACUGUCAAAAUGGCCAUUGAAGAGAUCUUCCAACACAUCUUCUACAUCUUUAGCAAAAAUAUCACUCUAGCUGCCUGGGAUGGGGCAGCUCUAGAACAAUUCCAAAAUGGACUUUAUCAUCAAAUUGAGCAAUUGGAGGCAUGUGUAACCAAGAAGCAGACCCAGUAUUUUUGGAGUAAAGAAGUCAACAGGCUGAAACUGAAAAAGUAUUUCCAAAAGAUAGACUGUUUUCUUAAAGACAAGCAACACAACCUGUGCUCCUGGGAGAUCAGCCGUGCAGAAAUGAGGAGAUGUCUUCAAUUGAUUGAUAAAGUCGUGAGGAAGCUUUACAACUAAGGGUAUACCUGCCCUCUCUCUGCCAGCAUGGAUGUGAGCUAAAGGAAGUGUUGAGAGCAACGGAUACCAGGUCUGAAGCUGAAAUACCAGACAACCUGAUAACAACUUCACCAUGAUCCAGAAUAACCGGAAAGACUAAAGGGAGAAAGAAAAGAAUCAGAGCCAUUUUUCUGCCUGGUGAGAUCCCACCAGACAUAUUAUAGCCUAAAGUGUAUUUCUUGUGCUUUGUAACUAACAGUACUUGGAAUGACUGUCAGACUGUUAGAAAUCUGAUUUCCACUGCUUGGUUUUUGGUUUUGUUUUUGUUUUGGGGUGGGUUUUUUGUUUGUUUUUCUUUUGUUUGUUUAUUUGUUUGUUUUUGCACCUCUGCAAGCCUGUGCUAUAAAAGGACAUUCAGCCUAUUGAGCUUUCUGGUUCUGAUAUCCCAGGUGACUUCUGAAAUGCAGUAAACCCAUAUUGAAACAGCCCCAUUUUUACUGAAACUUGGCAUGAAAUAUUUUCAACUGCCCUCUCAUGAAGGAUCCCAGGGUUUUCUGCCUCACUUGCUGGAAGUGGGAAGAUGUUAAAUCAUGGACCACUGAUUGUUCAGAAAAGUUCAUCCCCCAAAACUUCCUUUAUGGUUCAUAACUAUCCUUAACAAUCUCAUCAUCAAGUGAAAAUAUGUUUUGAAGUAUUUCAGUCAACAGGGCACUUUACAGUGCAGGAAACAACAGAAUGGGCACUAGAGGGCAAAGUGAGAUUAUAGACAAGUGUAAGAAUUGCAGGUGAAUGUUUUGAAUGAAUAAAUGAAUAAAAACGAAUAUUUUAGCAAGACGUCAUUUCAACUUUUUAUGACUUUUUAUGACU